ACUCAAACCAAAAUCACACACUAAAACACACAAAACUUUCACACAAUUCAUCAAAAUUUCAUCAAGCUUUCAAAUGUAAAGGGAACAAAAAAAAAGGGAAAAAACCCCAUUUGCCCUUUCAUAUGACCCACACCCAAAGAUCCACUGCCCUCCAUCAAGACAGCGUCAUGAGUGCCGGCGAAGGCGGCGUCGGUCACGGCGGAGGGCCCUGUGGCGCGUGCAAGUUUUUGAGGAGAAAGUGUGUGAAAGGAUGCAUUUUCGCCCCCUAUUUCGACUCUGAUCAAGGCGCCGCCCACUUCGCCGCUGUGCAUAAGGUGUUUGGAGCUAGCAAUGCCUCUAAGCUCCUCCACCGCAUCCCACCUCCCAAACGUCUCGACGCUUGCGUUACGCUUUGUUACGAAGCUCUCGCUAGGGUUCGAGACCCUGUCUAUGGUUGCGUUUCUCAAAUUUUCUCCCUCCAACAACAGGUAGUGAAUUUGCAGGCAGAGCUAGCAUACAUUCAGGCUAAACUUUCCACCUUGCAGCGGCUAUUUCCACCAGCGCUACAAACCCCAUCACCGACCACUUGCAACACUCCGCUACCAGAAGCAAUCCCGGACUCGGACAUGGGUUUGCUUUCCAAUGUUCCAAUGAUCCUUGACCCCCUACAAACCCAGCUAGGUUGUAACGAAAUGACAAAUAGCUUUCUGAACCCAGUUGAUUAUCAAGAUCAGAUGGGUGAAGAUGGUGAUCUUCAAUCUUUGGCUCGAGAAUUCGUCUCGAGGUACUUGCCUGGAGUACGAAUGCGACCUCCAUGCUCACAGAUUUAAAUCUCUCCCAACUCUUUUGUGACAUCGACUUUCAUCCAAGGCUCCUUUUCUUUCUUUAUUUUGGGUUAUUAGUCUUUGGAUCGGAGAUAGAACUGUAUGGUCAAUAUAUAUUUGGUUCUGAAAUUUUGGUGAAUAUUAUUAUAUAUAUAUUGAUCUUUCUUUUGGUCUGAA